GGGAAAGUGAAGGUUCGUUUCAGUUUGGUAACUAUUGGGAUGAGGUUGAUGAUUUACAUGCUGUAGCUCAACAUUUCCGUGAAUCAAACCGUGUAAUCAGCGCAAUUGUUGGGCAUAGUAAAGCCAUUUUAAAAAAAAAAAUUGGGAAUGUUAAGAAUUAAUUGAGGCCAAAGCCAUUACAUCAUUUAGAAGAGGAGUAGUUCCUGCAUGAUCCUCUUCAAUCCAAUAACAAUAAUCUGUUGUGAUUGCUAACUGCAUUAUGUUCUGCUACUUGAUUCCGAGAUAUGGGUACAUGACGGACAUCACAACUUGAAUUCACUGCGGAGUCCUCGGUGAGGACAAACAAUCCUGGAUAAUUCUCUCGUAGUAUGAUUCUCCUUUAGUCCUCCUCUGUCAAGCUUGCUGAAGUAUAAGGCUGUCUUUUAAAAAAAAAUGAAAUGCUGGAGAGUGAAAGUCUUUAGUGAUAGUCAUAGCCCACCCACGACAUGAGGCUUCAUCAAUUUGCGAUUCAGGAAACCAUUGCAAUCUUUUUGUGGAAGCAUCUAACUCCUUACCCUCCUAAUCCCUGACAAUCAAACCACAACAAUUCCCUCGUUUGAGAUGGUACUGAUCAGGAGACCUUCAACCAGCAACAUUUUUAGUUGUGAUUUGAAAAUUUUCCUCAGGGGAUCUGAGAAAAUUAGAUGCAGCUUGCUCCAAAAUAUUAUCAACAGCAUCCAUCAUGCCCCUUUGGAGGACCACAAGUUCCUUCUCUGCCAUAUUGACCAUAACAAAUCGAAAAGAAGAGGAGGUGACAUUGUGCUUCUAUAUGCUUCAAAAUAUCAUGACGUUAAUGCAGUUAUCAACCUCUCGGGACGUUAUGAUCUAAAGGCAGGCAUUGAAGAACGCCUUGGAAAAGAUUAUUUGGAAAGAAUUAGGAAUGUUGGCUUCAUUGAUGUGAAAAAGAAGAGGUCAGGAAGUUUUGAUUUCCGUGUAACUGAGGAAAGUUUGAUGGAUCGCUUGGGAACAAAUAUGCAUGAAGCAUGCCUUCAUAUUGACAAAGAAUGCAGGGUCUUAACAACUCAUGGUUCUUCCGACAAAAUUAUCCCUGUUCAAGAUGCACAUGAGUUUGCCAAGAUCAUACCAAACCACAGGUUGCAUAUCAUUGAAGGAGCUGAUCAUGCAUUCAGUAACCAUCAAGAUGAGUUAUCCUCAGUUGUUGUGAGCUUCAUAGAAGAAAUCAUGCACCAGAACACUAACAGGGUCUUUAACUGAGCCUGCCAAUGAUGUUCCACAUGUUUGAGCUCUUCUACUUUGUGCUUAUUAAAUUUGAGAAUCUUGCUUCAUGUAAAGUAUUAUACUAUUAAUACAAUUGCCAGUGCCAAAUAAGCAAUGUUAUUUUUUAUUUUGACAAACAGAAUGGAUAUUUCAUUUAACCGCUUAAGGCACUCCUCAAGAAGGGAA